UUCUUUGUGGGUUAACCAUUUACUGAAAGAAAGCAAGUUGAGUAAGUUGCUAUUGAAAUUCAAGCCAAUUGGAUACACUCUUGAGUCCCUUGAGUGACAAGGCGAAAUCUAGCGACAAAGAAUACAAAGGCCGUCUUUGAUUUCAACCAUCGAUUGCGCUGAUUUGAAUAUUCAAAUCGAGUCUUGUUUAUGAUUAUCAUGGCGAGGAAGACGAGAUGAAUGCUCGGGUGCGGACAGAUUGGCUUCUAUAUGGGGUGUAUUUUCUUCAUUAACAGAAGCGUUUUGGAAACCCUUCGCUCCUAGCAAUGAGAGGUUCUUGUCAAGGAGGGCUUCAUUCUUUCGUUCUUCUUUGUGUGAUGGGAUUUUUACUCCUUGAGAAACCGCCUGUCACGGAUGCUGAAAUUGACAUGUUGCGGAAUGGCAUCACCACAGUUGGUAAAACAUUUCGAGUGGUGUGCACAGUAAUUGGGGAAAGGUUCGUCGGGUGGUUCGAUGUGAAUGGACAACAGGUCACUGUGAUUCCAGAACCGGAUGAACUACCUGAUGAUAAGUACUACUUGCUUAUUAGAGGAAACAGCUACACACUUGUGAUCCAAAACGUUGUUGUUGCGGAUGGAGGAAACUAUACCUGUAGAGGAGAAAAGACUGUCAAAGAGUUUACUUUAUAUGUCGAAUUUUUUGUCACUCAGUUUCCCCCGGAUCAAAGUCUCUUCGUUGGAAAGGCAGAAAUUAUUCAAUGUUCCGCCGACGGCUAUCCUAAGCCAACUUUCAAAUGGUACAAAAAUAGGAAGCUGAUCAACUUAUCCGAUCCUCGCUUCACUCGUCUGUCCAACGGCUCUCUGCUGAUUGAUCCAGUUCACGAAUUGGACAGAGAUGAGUACAUCUGCCUCAUUGAACAGUUGGGGGCAGAUACAGACCAGGGAACAAAUCUACGAGAGGAGAAGAAAGUAAUCCAGGUCACUGUCCACGGUCCGCCACGUAUCAACCUCGAAAAAUCCUCGUCCUCCACUCUCUAUUCGUUCGUUGGUAACCCUUCUCCAGUGACAAUAAAGUGCCUGUGGUGGGGAUAUCCAGUCCCUGAUAUUGGCAUAAAAAAGGAUAACAAAGAGUUACCAAGUGAAGAUGUACAAACUGUGCCGCCACGCCUAGAGGCUACUGUAACUGUACAAAGCGAUGAGGAUUUUACAACCUACACAUGUCACGCGACCAAUGUGUAUGGCUCAGCGUCCUAUGACGUCGCCAUCAAUAAAGCCGGAAAACCCAGCCCUCCAACCAACAUCACGUUCGUUACCACAUGCGAUCAUUUAACAGUGUCCUGGAACGAACCACAAUCCGACGGAGGUUUGCCAUUAACGCAUUACACCAUAGAGCUAAAGGAUGCCGGGAACUCGCUGGAUGUCGUGUAUGUCGGUGUACAAACUACAAGGUUUACCUUCACAAACCAAGAGGGCGUGAGACCGAGGACGCAGUAUGACGUCACAUUACAGGCUUACAACCAACUUAAUGAUGGAAAUAAAGGAGAGAGUGAUGUUAUGUCUGCAUACUGUCCUCCGAGAGGAUCAUUCAACAUAACUAACACAGAGACAUGGUUAAACUCCACCAGCUUCAUACUAAAAUGGACUCGCCCACCCCUGGACGGGGGUGAUCCUGUUCUGAUUUACGACAUCGAGUAUAGCAAGGCCGACGCCAAUGGAAAAUUUGUUCACUGGAACUCACGGAAGGGUAUUGGUGAUCAAGAGUACAACGUGACGGGCCUACGAGGAGGGUCUAGGUACGAGUUUAGGGUAUUCGUGUCCAACGUCGCUGGGAGGAAAAGAGAGCCGGCGAGGAAGGAAUUUAAUGUAUACAGUGGUGUUGGAGGAGGACCUGAUCCAGGUACAGCCAUAACACCCACCCAGCCUGUCCUUGUGUAUGAUAUCUCAGUCAACUGCACGUCAUCUUAUAUGCAAGUCGACUUUGCCCUGAAAUCUUCUUAUCUCGAUGUUGAGACUUUUCGGUUUGAAAACAAAUCCUGCGGUCCUCUCACCGUCAGUUCUACGCGCGUUUCCAUGAGAACACCACUGGACGCUUGCGGAACCACAAGUCGGCAAAGCGAGGAAUCCAUGAUUUAUUUUAACAAAGUUGUAGCGGAAACCAAAGAUCAAAAAACUGUGUACGUUGUCGAAUUUCCGUUCUCGUGCACAUACAACAGGCAAGAUACUAUCGGAAUUCCAAGUUUUCAACCAAGAAAAAAGAUCACCUUUUUUGAAGAGGGGUAUGGUAACUUCUCAUUUGAGAUGGGUUUGUAUCAGAGUGCCGAGUACUUGAAACCGUAUGAUGUAUCGGAAUACCCGGUGACCAUCGACCCAUUCGGUCAACUAUACUGUCAAGCAAAAUUGGAAACCUCGGACCCAGACCUCAUCCUCCGUGCUGACCUGUGCGUGGCCACACCUACUAUGGACCCGUCACACAGCGUACGAUAUAAGUUUAUAGAAAACGGUUGCCCCACAGAUAAUGGGACCGACUACACCCACACUUUGACAGACACGCAGCGUUUUCAGCUUGUGCCAUUUCGUUGGAUUGCAAACUACACUGUGGUUUAUCUUCACUGUUAUGUCAUCGUCUGUCACAAGGAAGGAAAUUCACGGUGCAACAAAGGAUGUCAGCCAUCAGACCUUCGGCGCGAGAGGAGCGCUGGGGACGAAGAAGAACAUCGCAUCACCCUCGGUCCCGUCAUGCUUCGCAAAACUCUUCAACCCCAAUCCUCUAACGUAUUUGAAGAUCCCGUAGGUAAAUCAACCAACGGUUCCAGCUUCCCUUUAUGGGUAAUAAUUCUUCUUAUUUGUGGGACACUGGUCGGAGUUGGUUUGAUACUCAUCGGCAGUGUACAGCUCUACUGGUUAAUGGCUGUAAAAUCUCAAAAUGGGGAAGCCACUGACGGAGGGAGACAUUCAGAAGAGAUGGAACUUUUCUGCUCCGAAAACGUUUAGGUUGUCUUCCGUAAUCAAAAGUUUUUUAUUGUAAUAUAGACAUAGAGGGGUAGGGAGAUUUAAGAUAAAAAACGAUUUCAAGAAACUGCCAGAGCGCAAAAGUGGGAAAAAGAGUAAAUUAAAUCGGGUUUAAUAAGUAAAACUUAGUAGACCUGGCUCAGGUUGUUCGAAGUUCGGAUAACGCUGUUCACCAGAUACAUUGCUUUUCGGUGGAUAACGCGAUACAGUUUUGCUACCAUCUAUCUACUGGUUAGCGAUUUAUCCGUUGGAUAGCAUUAUCUACUCUUUAUACAACUGGGCCCUGCUUUGAAUACUGCCUCUUGGGCAGAAGCAGUUGCGUCUUCUCGGAAAGGCGUAUGACAAUGCGUGAUAACUGGAUUGCAAAAAAAAACAAAACAAAACAAAAAAAAUACAAAAAACAAAAAACAAGCCAAUGAUACAAUGCGCACCGCAAUCCAAGAAAAGGAGAUCGAGGAAAACCUCAGGUACGAUGAUCUACCGCUGUUUCGUAAAGCAGCCCACAGUCGUCCUGAAUACCAGACUCAGAGAGAGAGAGAGAGAGAGAGAGAGAGAGAGAGAGAGAGAGAGAGAGAGAAAGAGAGAGAGAGAGAGAGGGGGGGGCAUGGACCGAGUCUAGAAGCCCUUAGUGAACUGGAGACUAAAUAGCAUUAAACGAGAAUAAAACCCGUCUAAAACGUAAAUAAAAUGUUUCGUUCGUUGAGGAAAAUAUUUAGAUGCAUCCUGGAAGCUCUAUAAGCGCUUUUGCAUGAUUCUAUAUACUGCUUUUCGUUCAUAAACGAGUCAAAUUAGGCGAGCAACUUUAAUUUGGCCUGUUAAACAGAACAUUUGAAUAUAGGUUGUGACUUAAAUGGAUACUCCAAAAUCAGUUUUCCGAGUAAGGUCUGGAACUGAAUAAUUUAUUACUUCAUUAUCUACCGAAAAAUAAAUCAUUCAGUUCCAGUCCUUACUCGGAAACCUGAUUUUGGAGUAUCUAUUUCAGUCACAACCUUUGAAUAUAUGCUAGUUCAAUUUCCGUGCGUUUCCGUCCAGUGAACUAGGUUUUGUUUUCCCUAAUACAAUCGUGCAAAUUUCAAUAAAUGGAAUUUAUUCUUUUCUGCCCUGA